AUGGCCACUUUCGGGGAUAUACUUAUUAGCAUUGGAGAAUUCGGAACAUUCCAGAAGCUCAUUAUCUGUGCACUCAGCUUCCCAAAUAUUAUUUUAGGUUUUUUGUUUGCCUGCGUAUUUUUUUUUCAGUCCGACCCAGAGCGACAUUGCAACACAGACUGGAUCCUCAAGGUAAAUGCAAACCUGACUUUAGACGAACAGCUGAACUUGACCGUUCCUCGAGAGCGCGAUGGUUCUUUCAGCCGGUGUCACAUGUUUGUGCCAGUUGACUGGGACAUUGAAACCAUCAGGGAGCACGGACUCAAUGAGACAACGGCGUGCCAGAAUGGUUGGGUCUAUGACCGUUCUCUUUAUACAGCCACAAUAGUCACAGAUUUUGAUCUUGUAUGUGACCGGGCUAAUUUACUGCAAGUGGCACAAACAGUGAUGAUGUCUGGCAUUAUGCUUGGGUGUCUCUUAUUUGGACCUUUCGCUGAGUCGUUUGGUCGAAAACGAGCAGCUCAAAUCCCAUUGGUUUUGGUCAUCAUUUUUACAGUCAUCACUGCAUUGUGCCCCAACUUUUUCCUGUACUUGCUAUCCCAGUUUUUGAUGGGUCUUGGCUAUGGAGGUUUUCGCCUCAAUGGCAUUAUAUUGGCCACUGAGUGGAUUGGUGUAUCCAAAAGGUCAUGGGGAGCAUGUGUGACCCAACUAUGCGGUGCAAUUGGACAGGCUGUCCUUGCAGGUCUUAUCUAUGCUGUCAGAGACUGGAGAGUUGCUCAGUUUAUAACUGCAGCUCUGCUUACAGCAAUUGUUAUUUAUAUAUGGUUCGUUCCAGAGUCAGCCAGGUGGUUGUUGGAAAGAGGAAGGACAGAAGAGGCUAAAGAAUUGCUUGUAAAGGUGGCUGCCAUCAAUAAACGCAGAUUUUCAGACACCCUCCUGGAAAAGAUUGCUAUAAAACAAACAGAGAAAAAGAGCAGCAUUUUAACUAUCGUCCAAUCACCUGUUCUUCGGAAGUAUUUCUUUGUCAUAAUUUUUUCAUGGUUCUCAUUAAAUGUUGCGUACUACUGCAUUUCAUUCAAUGUGGGGAAUUUUGGUUUGGACAUAUUCCUAACACAGCUUAUAUUUGGACUGACUGAAAUACCAGGUCACCUGCUAUGCAUCUGGCAGUUGGAAGCACUGGGGAGAAGAGUAUCUUUCAUUUCAACGAAUCUGGUUGGGGGUUUCUUGUGUAUGCUGAUUCUCGUGUUUAAUCAAGGAAAUCCUGUUGCUGUUACGGCACUAGCUACCACAGGACGUCUUAUAGUAAUUUGGGCCAUAACCAUAUGUACUGUUUAUGUCCAAGAGUUAUUUCCAACAUCUUGUCGGCAAACAGCCUCUGGUUUGGGCUCCAUUGCAAGUCGGAUUGGCGGACUUAUUGCGCCAUUGAUCAACAUGUUGGCUAUGUACCACUGGUCCAUACCCAUCGUAAGCUUUAGUGGCCUCACACUGAUCAGUGGGUGUCUCUGUUUCCUACUUCCUGAGACACAAGGGAUCGAACUGCCAGAUUCACUUGAUGAGGCUGAAAGUAAUAGGAACAUGAAGGCGACGAAGAAAGAUAUUAAUUUAAAUAGCAUACACAUUAAAUCAAGUAAACUGUAA